ACUUCCUGGUUCCCGGGCUCGGCUACGCUGGGAUCCUCUUGGAAGGGAAACAAUGGGGCGGAGGGCACUGCAGUAGCCGCCGCCGCGCCGGGACCUGCUCGGCCACCGGGACUCCCCGCUCUGCUCCCUUCAUUGCCUCCGCUGGGACCGUCUGGAGGACAUGUAUUCCUCCAAGAAAUCUUGGACAGCAGAUUUUGGUUUAAUAUAUGAUUGGAACAACAUACAGAGACAUUUGCAGUCAUGAAUUCAGACCAGGAUGUAGCACUCAAGCUUGCCCAGGAGCGAGCUGAAAUAGUUGCUAAAUAUGACAGAGGACGAGAAGGUGCAGAGAUUGAACCUUGGGAAGAUGCUGAUUACCUUGUUUACAAAGUCACGGAUAGAUUUGGCUUUUUACAUGAGGAGGAGCUCCCAUAUCAUAAUGCAGCCAUGGAACGGCAAAAGCACCUGGAAAUUGAAAGAACUACUAAGUGGUUGAAAAUGCUAAAAGGAUGGGAAAAAUACAAGAACACUGAAAAGUUUCAUAGGAGAAUUUACAAAGGGAUCCCACUCCAGCUCCGAGGUGAAGUCUGGGCUCUGCUUCUUGAGAUCCCUAAAAUGAAAGAAGAAACAAGGGACCUUUAUAGUAAAUUAAAGCACAGAGCACGUGGUUGUUCGCCUGAUAUCAGACAAAUAGACCUUGAUGUCAACCGCACAUUUAGGGACCAUAUUAUGUUUAGAGACAGAUACGGUGUUAAGCAACAGUCCCUGUUCCAUGUUCUUGCUGCAUAUUCUAUUUAUAAUACGGAAGUUGGAUACUGUCAGGGGAUGAGCCAGAUCACAGCCUUACUCCUUAUGUAUAUGAAUGAAGAAGAUGCCUUCUGGGCCCUGGUCAAACUCUUCUCAGGCCCUAAACAUGCCAUGCACGGCUUUUUUGUCCAUGGUUUUCCUAAGCUCUUGAGGUUUCAAGAACAUCAUGAAAAAAUACUGAAUAAAUUUCUAUCCAAGCUUAAGCAACACUUGGAUUCUCAAGAAAUCUACACAAGUUUUUAUACAAUGAAAUGGUUUUUUCAAUGUUUCCUUGAUCGUACUCCCUUUACUCUAAACCUCAGAAUAUGGGAUAUCUACAUCUUUGAAGGAGAACGAGUUCUUACUGCUAUGUCUUACACAAUCUUAAAAUUACACAAAAAACAUUUAAUGAAAUUGUCUAUGGAAGAACUUGUAGAAUUUCUUCAGGAGACCUUGGCAAAGGACUUUUUUUUUGAAGAUGACUUUGUAAUAGAGCAACUUCAGAUUUCUAUGGCAGAACUAAAACGAGCAAAAUUAGACCUUCCAGAACCUGGUAAAGAGGAUGAAUUUCCAAAGAAACCUUUGGGACAGCUUCCACCUGAAUCUCAGUUUGCUGGCAUUAGUCAUCUGAGCAAUGGACAAGGCUUUGGCAGGUCAAGUCCCCAUAAGAACAUCAGAAGAGAGAGUGACUCCUCACCUCACAAGAAAUCAGAGCAUUCCCCUCACCAUCAAAGUAGAGUUGGUACACCAGAAAGAGUGAGGCAGCCCAGGCGGAAAUCGGUGGAUGAGGAUAGUAAAAAGCUUAGAGAUGAGUCAGAUCUUCAAAGGAGACUUCCAUCAGGUCCACAAGACAAUGCCAGGCAAUAUGAUCAUGCAGCUGCUAAUCAAAACAGCAAUGCUACUUCAAAUAUCAGGAAGGAAUUUAUGCCGAAAUGGAAUAAACCGUCAGAUGUUUCAGCUAUUGAAAAAACGGCCAAAUAUGCCACUGAAGGCAAAAGUCGAUCGGCACACCCCAUGCUUACAGUCACCAUCCCAUGUUCCACUGAUGCUCGAAUGUCCAACGCGCGGCCGAAGAUGAAGGUCUGGGAUGCCGAGGAAGGGAAACGGGGCUCGAACGCAUCGCAGUAUGAUAAUGUGCCUGAGAAUGAAAAUGGCACGUCUGUUGAAGAGGCACUCGGAAGGGCGUACUCUCAGAGUCCAAGGACUAUUGUUUACGCUCACAGUCCAAGAAAGCUCGCUGAGCCAAGUUCUAGUCCAUCAAAAGUAUCAAACAAAUUUACUUUUAAAGUACAGCCUCCAAGUUAUGCAAACUAUCCAACUCAGUUAGAUGGGGAAGAUCACGGGACAAUACACCCCCCAUCUUACAGCAAUCCCCCUGUUUACCAUGGAAAUUCUCCAAAACACAUCCCUGCCGCUAACAGCAGCUUUGCUUCUCCACAGUUUAGCCAUGGCGCGCAAAUGAAUCCUUCCAGGAAGCCCUAUGGUUCUAGUUCUACUCUUUCCAUCAGUGUUUCUCCAGAGAAAUCACAGAGCCGCCCAACUCCUCUCGUCCUGCCAUCUAGUCGAAUAGAAGUUCUUCCCAUUGAUAUUGGUGCUGGGGGAUAUUCGGGCAAUUCAGGGUCCCCAAAGAAUGGAAAAUUCAUCAUUCCUCCAGUGGAUUAUUUGCCAGAUAACAGAAAAUGGUCAGAAGUCAGUUACACAUACAGACCUGAGAUGUCUGAACAGUCACGGACUCAAGAUGCUAACCGUAGCCACUUAAGCAAUUUAACAAAAUAUUCUGCCUUUCAACAUGUACCCUUUCAGGACCAUAACCUCCCCGCAGUUUCCGUGGAUAGUCCAUUGCGGUAUAGAACAUCCCCAGCUUUAGAAGACGCCAGUUCAUCUGGGUAUCCAUAUGCAGGGCCCGCGGCUCCAGUGUAUCACUACAGAAACCGGGAUGGGCUUUCUAUUCAAGAAUCAGUAUUGCUGUGAGACUUCAUCUCUAGUUGCUUAAGACAAGAGAAUAGACACCAUACAGAACCUACAUUGCUAUGUUUAUAAUUGCCAAAGCAGUAUUUUAUACCAUUGUAAACAACUCGCACAAUUCUUAUGUAUGUUAGUAAUAAGAAUAGAUGGAAGUGUUUCCCUCCCCCUGUAGAUGCUGCUUAAGGUGAGCAUUUUAAAUCACAUCAUCACUGAACCUGUUGAUUUAACAUGGAAACAUAGCAAUAGCAUAUAGGGAUGCACGCAAAGCAAUCAUUCACUACUCAGUUUCAUUUGUAGCUUUCUCCAAAAUCUGAUCCCUUUUACUCUAUUAGCCCAUUCUAUUUUGAGAAAUGUUACAAAGCACUGAAAAACUGUCUGUGUAGAGUAGAUAUUUUUAAGGCUCUAUGUAGUGUAUGUAUCUCUUCAUAGUUAAUAGGCAUCUAUGCAUACACAUUUGAACACAGAACUAAUGAAAUGUUUAAAAAAAAAAACCCCAAAACACAACUCUGCUUUGACUCUAGAUCCAUGGAAUAAUUUAUUUUUCUUCUUUUCUUUAACUGGUUUUUCAGUGAAGUUUUUCCCCCCUCAUGUUUUUAACCCAUAUCCUAAACUGACUUAAGGGUUUGCCCUGACUUGAUUAAUUCAAAUCUCACAGAAUGGUCGUAUUUUUUCAUUCCGUUGCUAACAUUUUUCUUUACUCUGAAAACUAACGACAUUGGAGAAAAUGGCUAACCCCUUAAUGAUGCUUAAGAAUUGUGGCAGUUAAAGUAAGCUUAUGGCAAAGGUGCAGCAGUGCCCCGAUAGCGCGGAGAUGGGCGUUAGUGCCCCUGCGCCCUCUGUUCCGGUCUGACGGUCUGACUCUCGCAGAGCUCACAGCGGCAGGUCCCUUGCCAGACGCAGAGGAAGGGCUGUGGAGCCCUCAGGGGAGGCUGCAAAUUACUGUUGGGUGACACAACAAACUACUUGCAAAUUCCUUUGAAACCAGGAUUAACAAUUUGGUUACUUCUUCUGCCCCUCAAAUUCCUGCAAGGCUUCACUACAAAACAUGGGGUGGUCAUUUACAUGAUCUUUUUCCUGGCACUCUUUUCUUUAAAGAAUGUAGUCAGUGGGUAUUACUGCACUUAGGCCAUUAAAUUAUCAGUGUAUAAAAUUGUAAAAAAUGACCUGAAUUAUUAACAGGAAUCUAAGAUUUUGGUCCUGUUUUAAAAGUAUGACUUUCAUAAUUUCAAAAAUCUUUUUUUUGUUCAGUGACAAAAAUUUAGGUCCAUGUUAAAAAGAAAUUAGUAAUGUCUUUUAAAAUAUUCUAUUUACACUACAGUUACCAAAACACUGACAAAGUUUGGAGCAUGCCAAGAAAGUAUGACUUUGUGUUUAAUCGGAGAGCUUGUUUUCAACAUUACUUCGCUCACAUUUGAAUAAUAGAGUAGAAAACCUAAUAUUGCGGGCUCUUCUUGUUGAAAGUCGGGGCUUUAAGCUUUCAAGGUACAGAAGUAUGUCUUUUAAAAUGAAAGUUAACAUUUGUGUAGCUAGUGAAUGUGAUGAUAUUUGUUAUGUAUAUAAUGAGUCUAAUGUAAUUUUAAUCAACUUGGUAAUGAUGUUAUGAAAUGGCAAAACAAAUGAAGUAUAUUAGCAGGUGAAAACUACACUGAAGUGCAAACAAAAUCCUGACAUCACUGGGCUCUCGAUUCAGAUCAUGUGAACCUUAGAAAUAAAUGUAUAUAAAAAUGUAGCUGAGGAUAUUCAUUCUAAUUUUUAAAUCAUGAUUCUGUGACUUGUAAUAAACCAAGCUGUACAAUUUAGUUCAUAAUAGCAGCACCUGAGCUGCUCCUAAAUCUAUAUAUCAACAGUGGUAGAUACUGUAGAUUUAUAUAUAUAUGUAUGCAAAAUAUGUAUACACAC